UAAUGCUGGACGGUCCUCUCUCCAUCUGUGUCAAGUGUCCUUUAUAGAAGGACUGAGACUAGAGAGAGUUAGAGCUGUAGCUUAUAUAUUGUUAACAACUGCUGACGACUUGCCUGGCUUCUUUCUGAAUGAAGAAAAGAUGAUGAACGAAGUUAUUACUAAGCUAAACAAAAUAUGUGCCUAGAACUGCACUAAAGAAAGGGUGAGGUGUUUCCUUUUCCAGGGAAUUCGGGGCUGGUCUAUAAACUCUAAUGCUGCAGGACCACAGUCACCUACAAAUCUCCCCAUAGCAAGUCAACACUAAUAUUCACCACCAGUAUUAUUUGCUUUCUUGAUUUUUGAGUCAAGGUGGCUGCUUGAAUAUUGUUACUAGUUGUUGGGUUUUUUUAAGUGUGUGGGGGGAGAGAAAACGGGUUAAACUCCUAGCAACAGCAGCAUCUCCAAAUGUCUCUCUCAAGGUUUUCAUAAAAAGCUUCCAUCUCCUGUCUGCAAGCUGAAGAAUUUAAGCUGUGAGGGUUGCUUUGGCAAAAUUUAGAACUGAAGUGCCACCUGGCUGUUUAAAUGAUGCUGUCCAAGGAAUGCAAGAUUGAGCUUGUGUCAGCGAAGACUAAAUAUAUUCUUAUCUAACAACUAUGAAGUUUCUGCUGGUUUUUGACUUUGACUGUACGGUCAUAGAUGAAAACAGUGACACCUGGAUUGUGAAGUGUGCUCCUGAGGAAAAACUGCCUAACAAACUAAGAAACUCCUAUCAAAAAGGACAUUGGACAGAAUACAUGAGCAGGGUCUUUAGAUAUUUGGGAGACAGUGGAGUAAGAGAAGAUGAGAUGAAAAGAACUAUGACAACAAUUCCUUUCACUACAGGAAUGAGAGAUCUUUUAGAUUUUAUUGGCAAGAACAAAGAUUUCUUUGAUUGCAUAAUAAUUUCAGAUUCUAAUACAGUAUUUAUUGACUGGAUUUUAAAAGCUGCUAACUUUCAUGAAGUGCUUGAUGAAGUGUUUACAAAUCCUGCAACUUUCAGUGGUGCUGGUUAUCUUACUGUGCAGAAUUUUCACACUCAUCAUUGUGCAAAGUGCCCUAAAAACCUCUGCAAAAGAAAAGUGUUAGAAGAAUUUGUAGAUAAAAAGUUACAGCAAGGAGUAAAAUAUACAAAAAUUAUAUAUGUCGGUGAUGGUGGGAAUGAUCUCUGUCCAGUAACUUCUUUAAAGAAGGAUGAUAUUGCUAUGCCCAGACAAGGAUACACAUUAGAGAAAAUGAUUUCUCAGAUGUCUGAGGAUCUUGAUCCUGUACAGUCUUCUGUUCUAGUUUGGUCAUCGGGUAUUGAAAUUCUGUCUCAUUUGAAAUUACUUAUAAAGGAGUAACUCAAACUAUAGAGAUGGAUAAAGGUGUUUUAUCUUGUGUGGAGUGAAUAAUGGUAACCAUAUCUGUCUCAAAGCACACAAUUACAAUGUUGGGAUGCUAUUAUCUGAAACUAAGGCAUUGAAAUACAGGCUAUAAAGUAUUGUGUUUACUCUUUACUGUAGUGGGAAAGUGAGCAUGUUGAAACAGAUUAUUUAUUAUAUGGAAAAUUACUUAAUAUGAGCUUUUUCCAUUCAUGUAAAGGGGGGGGGCACACACAGGGGGAAGGGAGCAGGGAGAAAGGCAGGAAAGAGGAUAAUUUAUUACAACUAUUUUUUUUCAAAUCUUGACUUUACCAGUUUGUGCAAAUUACUUCUGGUCAGAUAUUUGGGGUAAAGGCAGGGUUAGUGCACAGAAUAAUGGCUUUUAAUGGAGGGUUCAUCUAUAUGUAUAAGAUUUAUAUUAGUCACUAAAAGCAAGGUACUGCCACUGUUGGUUUUGUUUAUUUGUUAAAGCAGCAAAAAUAUUUUAAUAUGUAAAUAAAUGUUUGUCUUGUAUAUUUGGUUUAAAGAGACACAUUAAAAUAACUACUAAAUAUUUUACUAAGCAAA